AUGGCAAUCUUGAGAAAGCUCUUGGCCUUAUCCAUUGCAUUGGUGUUGAUUGCCGCCCACUCUAGUGCAAACUCAGAUGUGUCGUUGAAGAAUUCACAGCUCUCUUUACCUGAGCUUGUCAAGUCCGAUAAACUCCCAGAUACGUGGGUUUUAGGCGAAUCUGCUGUCUUAAAUGAAGGUAGGUUGAUGCUAACACCAAAAAAAGGUACAGAAGGUUCUUUGUGGGCUAAGACUGUUUUCCAUCUCCAAGAAAGCUUCACAGUUGCUUGGACAGUGAGAAGCGUAAAUUUUCGAGGAAAGUCUCCAGGAGGACUUGCUCUCUGGUUUAUUAAAGAGGAUGCGAGCGAAAAUAAAAAUCUGUUCAAUGGGCCUGACCAUUUUGAUGGCUUACAACUACUGAUUGAUGAUAAUAGUGAAAUUGGCGCAACUCUUAGAGGAAAUUUUGGUGAUGGGACAGAGACCAUGACAAACCAAGACAUAUAUUCCCAUACGUUUGCUUCUUGUCUUAUGGCUUACCAAGACUCAUCUGUGCCCCUUACCAUCCGAUUGACGUAUGUGGGUUCUGAUGAUAGGCUUUUGAAGCUUCAAGUCGAUAAUAAGGUGUGCUUUCAAUCUACUAAAAUUCAAUUUCCUUUGGGCGAUUAUAAAGUGGGUGCAACAGCUAGCAAUGCAAACACCGAAGAAUCAUUUGAAAUUCUUAAGAUGGACUUUUACGACGGUCCAAUUAAGGAAUCAUUUAUUCCUAACGUUAAAGAAUUAGAUCAGCCAAGACUUAUCACAAAGGUCAUUAACCAGAAAACAGGACACGAGGAACUCGUUGAAAAGUCUCCCAUGGAGAUAAGCGGCGGAGAUGCAGUCUCUAAUUUUGACCUCUUCAAGAAGCUGAAUAGAAUUGAGGGUAAAAUUCUUGCAAAUGAUAUCGGUGAGCUCUUACUUUCUUUCGAAAAAGUCCUUGCUCUGCAAAAAGAGCAGGCACAUAGGAUCGAUCAAAUCAUUGCCAAAAUUGCAUCGUCUGAUGGUCACAAGGGCCAGAUUUCCGACAUGAACACAGAUGAAACCUUCUCUGACUUUUUUAAAGUUGAUCAGAAACUUCAACAGCUUUUGGAGGAACAGCAAAGAGUUAAAGAGCUUUCCAAAAAAAAUGGAGGCCAAGAUGGUCUCACUAGCGGGCCACACAUCGAUGAAAUCGUUCGCAAACUCUCGAUGUGGCUAGUGCCAUUGGUCGUUAUAAUGAUGGUAAUGGCCUAUUAUACCUUCAGAAUUCGGCAAGACAUUGUGAAGGCCAAACUUUUGUGA